AUGCAAUUCUUCAAGCCACUUUCCAUUUUGGCCAUUGCUACUCAAGCCUUAGCUGAAGUCACUAGAUACCAGUUCUUUGUCAAGUCAGAUAACAAGGAGAUUGAUGGUCACGGUUUGUACCACAUUAAAGAGAUUGAUCCUGUUGAGUAUUAUUUCAUUUCCAACAACAACGCUGACACUGCUGCUUCUGUCGUUGAGUACGAUGACGUGCAGCAAGAAUUCUUUGUUGAAGUAAAGCCGGGUAUCAAAGAGUUUGUUAGAAAUGUGGGAGACAUUUUGCAGUUUAGACCAGGACCACCAUUGAAAGCUACAAUCGGUGACGGUGGUAUUCUUUCCUUCACCGGUAGUGACUCAUUGUUCGCAAAGAAGGACAUUCAUGACCCUAACGACUACUCUAAGAACAAUUUUGCUGUUCUUAUUGGCGGUCAAGGUGAUGGAAUUCCAUUCACUAUUGAAGCAAGGGAAUACGCUGACUGA